AUGAGCUACCUUGCGGAGAACAGGUUGUUGUAUCAUCUGCAGUCAGCAUUUCGCGAAGGCCAUUCCACUGAUUCAGCUCUGAUAAACUUGACAGACAAGAUAUUGUUUAAUUUGGACCAUGAUGAGGUUACCGGAAUGGUGUUUGUCGACUUUAGAAAGGCUUUUGACGUAAUUGACCAUAAGAUUCUCCUAAAAAAGUUGGAGCUUUAUAGAGUGACUGAUGUAGCGUUGACCUGGUUUAAGUCCUACCUUUGUGAUCGCUACCAAUUUGUUUCUCUCGAAGGUAAAUCGUCUGAAUGCUUACCACUGACGAAAGGGGUACCACAUGGUUCAGUCUUGGGACCUGUAUUAUUUCUGCUAUUUGUGAAUGAUUUACCACUUCAUUUACAAUAUUCUUCAGUCGACAUGUUUGCUGACGACACUACUAUGUCUGCAUGUGCUCACUAUUUGGACAUUUCUUCGAUGAAUGAUGGUUUAAAUAGUGACCUUCAUGCUCUUAAUGAAUGGUCGUUGCAAAAUAAAAUGUUCAUAAAUGCACGAAAAACAAACUCCAUGCUUGUGACUGGAAAAAGGAUACCAAAGAAAUUGGACUCACAGAAUGACCCAUGUCUGCAGCUCAAGAUAGAUGGCGUUGAUGUCAGCGGUGUUGCCUCGAAAAAACUUUUAGGAAUUACCUUGGAUUCUAAAAUGAGUUAUGAAACGCAUGUCGAGGAACUAGCGAAGAAGAUUUCAAAACGAUUAGGAUUGCUUAAACAUAUCAGUCCUUAUCUCAAGCAACAUCAACGAGAAACAUUUUAUACUUGCGUUAUCAAGCCCACUCUCAUGUACGGUAGUGUGGUCUGGGACAGCUGUAAUAUCAAUUGUCAUCAAAGACUUUUGAAACUUCAGAAGAGGGCGGCAAGAAUUAUUCUAGAUGUUGAUAGAAGAACGCCUUCAAUUGAACUUUUUAAUAAGCUAAAUUGGCUGCCUUUGUCGAAACAGUCUCUUAUAAAAAGAACAUCUAUAACUUUUAAAAGAGUAAAUACAGAUUAUGUUAUCCCUGAAUAUUUAAGCACUAUGCUAGUAAGGAACUCAGAUAUUCAUACUAGAAAUACUCGCUUUAAUAAUAUGAACAUGGUGUGCCCAAAAUACACUAGAGAGACUGAAGGUGGGCGCACUUUCACCGUUAGAACUAUUAAAGAUUGGAACGCCCUCGAUGUUACAUUGCGCAAACAGAAAUCUAUAUCUACGUUUAAACGCAGUUUGUAUACUAAAAUUUUAACGGACCAGAAGUCCGCCAUGCGUUUAGAAAUUGCUUAGGUGGGUGGUGGGUUAUUUUAUUUGUAAAUAUAGUAGUUUUAGAGUUUUUAUAAGUUUUAGUAUUGUAUUAACUUAAUUGUAGUUAUGUAAGGAGGGCCACGAAUUUAUCAGUAGUUCACACUUACUGUCAAGUGUUUACCCUCAUGAAAUAAAGUCUGAAUGAAUGAAUGAAUGUGUUUAUAUAACUCUAAACAGCAACAUAUUCUCUCAUAUGGCAGACCGGGAUUUAAAUAUUAGUUUAAUUGUAGAUACAUAAUAACUCUUACCACAUGCUAUUUCUCAGCGUUUUGACGCUUCAUAAUAUUUAUAUAUUACUUAACAACAAAACAUAUAGCUGUAUACCCCUAAUAUAGAAGUUUUGGAUAUAUAACACUAAUGCUAUUUCAUAUAGUCUCAGAUUUUUUACUCCUCUAGGAGCUAAAUUAAAGGAAUCACUUGACAAUAACAGCAAAAUGCUAGAGCUGUACUUAUAAAACUCCAGACAACAACAUAUUCUCUUGUAUAUAGCCCUAACUAUUGUGUCGCACACGUGGGGGACGCUAAAAAAUGCGUAGUCAGCAAGUUUCGCCCGAUCGUGUUUAAGCUCGCCCGCGCGACGUCAUUGCAUAUAAUUAUGACGUAUGUUAUCAUUACGCACCCUCACUUGUGCGGCCCCCUUAAUUACCUGCAUAUAUAAUGAUGCGGCCCCCUUGCAUAGUAAUUACUUGCAUAUAUAAUGAUGCGCCACCACAGUCUAUGCUAAUGAUGAUACGCCACCACAAACCACCACACGCCACCACAAAAAUAAGGUGCGGCCCCCCCUUAAUUACCUGCAUAUAUAAUGAUGCGGCCCCCUUGCAUAGUAAUUACUUGCAUAUAUAAUGAUGCGCCACCACAGUCUAUGCUAGUGAUGAUACGCCACCACAAACCACCACACGCCACCACAAAAAUAAGGGUCGAACGGCCUCUAUAUUACUACUCUCGUGCAAUGUCAUGACGGUGGAAAAAGCAAACACUUGUGGAUUUUCAAUUUUCAAUUCAAAGACGAUCAAAAACUAUAACCUAUACAAGUAAGUUUAAAAGUAUUAAAUAUAGGAAAAUAAGUAUUAAAUUUAACAAAAAAAAAAACGGAAGGCGAAAAGGGCAUUUAUACAUUUGCAGCAAAAUCCUUGGAAUACAUGUUGGCAACGUAAAUUCACACCGCUAUAAAUACAAAUACCUUCUUUGUUUAAAAACAAAAAACAGAAUGAUUGUAGCGAACAAGAGCAGUGAGGUCGCACAAAUAGCACUAACAAUGACAACUGUUGAUGAACUGCUUCCAGUUUGAUCACCAGCGCUGUGGGUAACUGUUUCGUUCUGCUUUAAAGUAAAAUAAAAUAAAUCGAAUUUUAGUUUUCCAAUCGAGGUUGGUUUUUUAAAAUGAUUUAAAAUCUCAAAUUGUCCCAAUGUCCCUUCUAACAAUACUUUUUUUCGUGUGUAUACGGCAAAAUUAACGGGUUCAUGUCGCUUUCCAAUAGCUGGUGAGUGGUGGUGCCAGGCAUGCGGCAGCUUUUGAACAAGUAGAACUUGGUCGACGAACGGCAAGUGCACGUGUACUGCACUAUAUGCAUGCAGGGCCGCAGAGAGGGGGGGGGGGGGGCAAAUUGCCCCGGGCCCCGAGUUGUUGGGGGCCCCUGAAAAAUUUUUGUUGAGCCCCAGCCUUUUUUGUGUGUUAAAUAUUUCCGCGCAAAGGACAAGAUAUCUGUUCUCUUGGGCUUAGUACCGAAUUUUGGCAUAAAAAAAUGAGAUAAAGUCCCUCGAAAGCAGUUGCAACGUACUCGUCCGGAAAAAUUUUGUACUCCGGAAAAAUUCUGUUUUACCCCUAAAAUGGUACACUGACCGAAAUUUUUUUGGCGACGGGGGGGCCGCCCUGUAUGCAUGUAUUAUAUGUAUCUUCAACGACAGCGAACACGUGUCAAAAACUAACUUUACGAUCGAAAAUAGGCACGCUAAACGUACAUGUAUCUGAUGCGCUCGUGUGUAUUAGUAUUUGAAGAGCUGUUGUUGUUAAAAGGUGUAGCAAUGAUGAUAGGCCAGGGGCGCGUAAUAUAGAUGCAAAUAUACCUGUAUCAAUGGAGAUUAAUGUUCAAGUGAGUCAAUGAGUUGCGAGUUAAGAGUCAAUGAGUUAUGAGUCUAAAAAAUUGGGUUUUAUUGUAUUUAACUUUUUGUAAUUUUUUCAUUUUUAUGUCCACCAAGAGGUUAUUUUUUGUUUGUUCCUUUGUCCGUCGGUUUGUCAGUACGCAAAAUAUUUACAGAAAUAAUGGACAGAGACAGAGUUUUACGAAAUUUUGGGUAAAGAAUACUCGUACACCAGGAACCAAUCAAUCAAUUAAAUAAGAUAUAAAGAAUCGGAUGAAAUACUGAUAAAAUUCUGCCUUACGGGAAAGCUUUUCAGUGUCUAAACAUCAGUAGUCGCUUGAAAGCACUCAUACAUUCAUAAAAGGAAAUUUGAGAGCUUUCGGUUCAAAAGGUAAUUUUUUCAACACGUAAUAGAUAUAUACGAACUCCGCAGGGCUAUAUUUUCCUCAUUUUACAACUAUUUCGCACAAAGCUUUGCAAUUUAUGAAUUUUACCGUAAUUUGAAGAUGCUCUUUCUAGUUUCAUGCCGGUAAUGGGGUUUCAUUCUUCGGAAAUUUAUGAAUUUAUUCUUUUCGUAUUCGGAGGAUGUUAUUGCCCAUUCUGCGCACAGUUUACAUGGCAACAACACGCAGAACGACACGCUGACGAAUUACCCUUAGCCGCCGAAGCAGUUGGAAAAAAUUGUUGCAUGGACGAUCUGAUGCCAUCAGUCGAAAGUUCAUCACAAGCGAUUGAAACUCGACAGCAAUCGAUCGACAACGUUAGGAGAUAAAGCAAAUUUCGCAUUCGUAAGUGGAUUUCGAAUCGUCGCGAAGUGCUAGAAGAUAUUCCGGAAGAAGAUCGUGCAUCACAAAUCAACCUCGACCUGCAUGAAUUGUCAAGCGUGAAGACCCUCGGAAUUUCGUGGACUGAAACGGACGAUCAGUUCUCGUUUCACUAUUCUCCACCAGAGAAAGAAUUUGUCUACACGAAGAGGAACGUUCUUCGCUGCACCGCAACGAACUUGGAUCCUUUAGGCUUUGUUGCUCCCUUCAUUUUGUUGGCAAAGUUAAUGAUGCAACAAGCGUGGGUUCAAGGCAUGGGUGCAUGUCCCCGAGGAACAUCGUCGAACUUGGAAACAAUGGUUUGA